AUGGGUCACACAACUGUUGAAAAGGGAAAUCAUGUCGUUAUAGACUUGAAUGAAGCACCUAAAGAUAGUGAUAUAUUUGAAUUUGGCACAUUUAAUGGUGAAUAUGAGCAUCGUCAGGGUAACUCAAAAGCUGACGAAUUGGAAAAAAGUUUACAAGACUUAUCGACUGAAGAAGUCAGUCACAUGAAGUUUAACUCGGAAGUUGAAGCGGGUUUGAAAUUGAAUGUCAAUAAUCAGGAUUUUGGUGAAUGUGCUCUGGGUAUUACUGACUUUCUGUGCACAUGUUUGAGCUAUUUGACACAUAUCAGUGGCUUCUUGAGGGGUCUACAUUAUAGCUUGGUGCAUAUUUUUCGGGAGGCGAAUGCAGGUGAUGCUGAAACUCUUGCUGGGCAGGAGGUAAAGAGUAGGAAUUCAGUUGAUUUUCCGAUGGGUUUGAGAUUGCCUUGUGAUGUUACCUUCAUUCUGUUAUUUGAUCAACAGAGUUUCCCUAUUUUGCGAAAUAGAAAGAGGGUGGUCUUCGAUGAUAAGAUGUAA